AUGGGGGCCUCCCGGGACCAGCCCUUAGCCACUCAGAGCUUGGAACCCGAUGCUGCCCCGACACCAUUGCUGGAACAGAGGACCUCCUGGGCCCCAAGAGGGAACCAAUUCCAAGGGCCUCCUCCUCCUUACCCUCCUCCGCCUCCAGGACUUGGAGCACCUCCACCAUCGUACGUUUACCCAGAACCGUUCACCAGCGCACCUAGGCUGCUGUCUCCAGUUUCCGUAAGGUCCGUGUGUCCGUACUGCGGGAACCACAUCAUCACGGUGACCACCCCGGUCCCCGGCACCCUCACCUGGCUUCUGUGCACCGGCAUCUUCAUGGCCAGGUGUUUCAUGGGCUGCUGCUUCAUCCCCUUCUGCAUGGACAGCUUGAUGGACGUGAGGCACACAUGCCCUGUGUGCCGCCAGGAGCUCUCCCGCUACAAACGCCUGUGA